AUGACCAUCUUCUCUUUCACUCUCCUGAUUGCUUUUUCCUUAGCGAUCACCCUCACUCAAACCUCACUUUUACGGCCAGAAGCUGAAGCAAAGUCAGGUGGAUUUAGCAUUGAGCUGAUCCACCCUGCUUCUAAGAGGUCUCCUGCUUCCCUUUCCACUGAGUUGGUUCCGGAUCUUCUUGGCGUUUACUUAAUAAAUUUUUCAGUUGGAACCCCGCCGAAGUUCCAACUCGCAGGGGCUGAUUCUGGAAGUGAUAUCAACUGGAUACAGUGUGAGCCAUGUGUCCAGUGCUACUCCCAACAUCUCCCCAUAUUUAACUCUUUAAACUCUUCUACCUAUAAGGCACUGCCUUGUAACUCUUCUAAAUGCUUGGGAGAAUGCCAUGGAAGCCAAUGUACCUAUGGCACGAAUUAUACUGAUCAAAGUUACUCGUAUGGUGAUUUAGCUACUGAAAUUUUUACUUUCUACUCUCCACAAGGAUUUCAGGAAAUUUCUUUUCCGGAUAUUUUGUUCGGAUGUGCUCACAGAUCCAAACUUCAAAAUACUGACCAAAUGACAACCGGCAUAAUGGGUCUUGGCAUUUCUCCAAUGUCCUUAGUUUCGCAAAUUAGUCCUGCCUUUGGAAAAAAAUUCUUCUAUUGUUUUGUGCCUUUGGCACAAUUAGAUGUCCCAAGCACACUCACAUUUGGUGAAAAUGCUUGGGGGAGUACUGGAUCAGUACUAUUCACUCCUAUUCACUCAAAUCCAUCGAACUCUUUCUACCUCCUAACUCUGCUGGGGAUAUCGGUUGGUGAUAAAAGAUUCGACUUUUUUGGUAAUUCCUCAACUAUUUCUCCAGAGGGAAAUAUUGCCAUCGACUCAGGAACUACCCUGACCGUCCUUCCUACACUGUUAUACAACCAAGUCAAAACAACGAUUUCACAAGCCAUCAAUGUGGAACCGUUGGUUAACGAGAACUCAACUAACAUCUGCUACAAGGAUUUGAAUGCCUUUGAUGUUCCUCCGGUAACAAUGCAUUUUAUUGCAGCAGACGUGCCUCUAUCGAAGGACAAUAUAAUAUGGCCCGCGGGUCAAGGAAUUUGGUGCCUAGCAUUUCGACCAACGGAAAAUCAACCUUUUUACGGGAAUGUGGCCCAAACUAACUUCCUAGUAGGUUACGAUCUAAAUAAAAUGAUCGUAUCUUUCAAGGCCACUGAUUGUACCAAAAUGGCCUGA